UCUCUCUCUCUCUCUCUCUCUCUCUCUCUCUCUCUCUCUCUCUCUCACUCUCUCUCUCGCUCGCUCGCUCGCUCUUCUUUCUUUCUCCGGGUCCAGCUGAGCGCGCAGCCUGAUUCUGUCCUGUCGCUCGGCGCGCUUCUCCAUCCAGCACCAUGUCGAGCCUGUUGGAGAACCCUCUUCAGGCGGUGCUCUACCUCAAGGAGCUGACAACCAUCGUGCAGAACCAGCAGGGCCUCAUUCAGACCCAGCGGCGCCGCAUCGACACGCUAGAGCGCAAAUUAAAGGAGUUGGCUGGAGAAAACCUGCGGCUCCACGACGGUACACACCGGCAUCCCUCGCGGCCUCAUCCGCCCCCUCGCACCUCCUCCGCUUUGGCCACCAGGGACGGGACGCCCCCUCCUCUGCGGACACCGACUAUUCAAACCGAGCCCCACUCACCACAAGACAUGCAGCUGGUACCUGCCGUGCCCAGCGGUGCAAGCAUAUACGCGUCAACGGAGGACACGGACGCAGACACGCGCUGCCGUUCCCUGGUGCCCCAGAUGUCCACCGCUCUCUGUCGGACCGGCCCAAGGAAUUCAGAAAGCCAGACUGUCCUGCACCAGUUCUGCUGCCCCGCCCCUGAAGCUCCUGAAGGCGAUCCCAUUGGCUGUUCAAGCCGUUCCGUCCAUCCAGUCAAAGGAGAGGAGGAGAAAGACCAGAAGGACACCCCUCGUUUAAGCCCUACAUCCUGUUCACAUACUCCAGACUAUGAGCUGUCUCCUGAUCUCAAACAAAAACAGAUUGAGGAUUUGGAGCAGAAGUACGGUGGUGCAUUAAUCUCCCGUCGUGCUGCCUGUAAGAUCCAGACUGCGUUCCGUCAGUACCAGCUCAGCAAGAACUUCCAGAAGAUCCGCAACUCGGUUCUGGAGAGCGGUAUUCCUCGUCGCAUGUCCAUGCGCAGGGUGCGUGUGCAAAGAGACGGCUUUUCUGCUGAGCGUGCUCUGAUGGAGGGAUGUUCUCUUAUGGGUAUCCCACUCACACACUCCAGCUCGAUGCCCACAGGUGCUGCAAACACGCUCACAAACCUGGAGGACACCUUCAGCGAACAGGUGCAGUCCUUGGCCCGCUCUAUAGAUGAGGCCUUGAGCAGCUGGACUUCAGUACAUGAUGGGGAUGGGGAUGGGGAUGGGGAUGGGGAUGGGGAUGGGGCAGAGACUUCAGUGCCCAAGUCCCCUGGAUCGGUCACAGAGGACCUGCUCAUGGACCAGACCACCUUUCAGGAGGCCACGCAGGAAAACAUUCCUCGUAGCGCCAGCAAGCUCAUGAUGGCUUUCAGAGACGUGACAGUACAAAUCGACAACCACAACUUUCGCCUGUCCUCCUCUGUUCUCGAGUCUGUUUCUCUAGGCAACGGCAUCUCCAAGGAAACUGCCACGGCACCGCAAGCAAGGGUGCAGAGUGGGGGUCAACAUGAAUCGUCAACCACGACUGAGGCUGAAUUCCCAGCCCCGCCCCCUAGUGAGGAGAUAGCGUCGGAUCAGCGGCCCGCUAGUGAUGAAGCGGAAUCUGCCCGGUCGCGUUGGGAGAAGCCGCUGGCUAAUCAGAGUGCGUCUGAGAACAGCUCUGAGCCAAUCAGCAGCAGCAGCACAUCCACCUCGGCGUGUGAGAACAUGAUCAUAUCCUUACCGCGCGCUCACUGCCCAGACACGCACUGUGGCACGCUCUCCACAGACGUAGCACGCAAGCGCCUGUACCGCAUCGGACUCAACCUGUUCAACAUAAACCCAGACAAAGGCAUCCAGUUCCUGAUCUCACGAGGUUUCAUCCCUGACACGGCCAUCGGCGUGGCUCACUUCCUGCUGCAGAGGAAGGGUUUAAGUCGGCAGAUGAUUGGAGAGUUUCUGGGCAACAGCAAGAGACAGUUCAACAGAGAUGUUCUUGACUGUGUGGUGGAUGAGAUGGAUUUCUCCAUGCUGGAGCUGGACGAGGCUCUCCGGAAGUUUCAGGCUCAUGUGCGCGUACAGGGAGAAGCUCAGAAGGUGGAGAGGCUCAUUGAAGCUUUCAGUCAGAGGUACUGUAUGUGUAACCCUGAUGUGGUGCAGCAGUUCCACAACCCUGACACCAUCUUCAUCCUGGCCUUCGCCAUCGUCCUGCUCAACACCGACAUGUACAGCCCUAACAUCAAACCCGAGCGCAAGAUGCUCCUCGAGGACUUUAUACGCAACCUCCGAGGGGUGGAUGACGGUGCUGAUAUUCCACGGGAGAUGGUGGCUGGCAUAUACGAGCGCAUCCAACAGCGCGAGCUUCGCUCCAACGAGGACCAUGUGACCUACGUCACCAGGGUGGAGCAGAGCAUUCAGGGAAUGAAGACGAUCCUGUCCAUGCCUCAUCGGAGGCUGGUGUGCUGCAGUCGUCUUUAUGAAGUCAGCGACGUGAACAAGCCACAAAAACAAGCAUCCCAUCAGAGAGAGGUGUUCCUGUUCAAUGACCUCAUUGUGAUCCUGAAGCUGUGUCCCAAGAAGAAGGGUGUAGCAACAUACGUGUUCUGUAAAGCGCUGGGUCUGCUGGGGAUGCAGUUCUACAUGUUUGAAAAUGAGUAUUACCCUCACGGUAUUACCAUCUUAUCUCCGUUCUCAUCGGAGAAGAAGCAGGUGGUGAAUUUCUGCUCGCAGAAUUUGGAGGAACUGCUGAAGUUUGUGGAGGAUCUGAGGGAGAGCAUCACCGAGGUGGCUGAGAUGGAACAGAUCCGUAUCGAAUGGGAAUUAGAGAGGCAGCAGACGGUGAGAACACCUGCUCAGAACAAUGGCGGCCAACUGGAGAUGCAUUCAAGACCAAUAUCUCCUGCAGGAGACCAUGAUUUCUUCGACAAGACUGGAAGCAAUGCAGUGGAGAGACACCAGGCCCUCGGUGUCCCGUCCCCAGUCAAACACCAGCAACACUACCAGGUGUCAAUUCACCACAGGCUCAGAACGUACCAGGUCAGCACUCCGCCGGCUCCGCCCACUUCUCAGCCUCAGCUGGCCAUCAUGCCUAGCCCCGCUCCCAGCUCUGCCCUGAACAUCUCCCCUGACACGCUGGUCCAGUGCCAGCAGAUCGACAAGGUGAUCGUCGUGGACUCGGCAGGCCGCGGACAUAUAGAGACGUUCCUAAGCCAAAACCCAGGACAACGUUUAAUCCAGUCAGCUGUCUCCACUCCGACCCGCACGAGGGAAGGCGGAGCAAAGCAGCCGCCCCUUCCACCUCCACCGCCUCCUUAUCACCACAAACACCAGUUCUGCCCUCCAACUCCACCUCCUCCACAACACCUGCUCAGUCAGCGUAGGUAUUCAAGUGGGACACGCAGUCUAGUCUGAGCACACACACACACACACACACACACACACACACACACACACACACACACACACACACACACACACACACACACAC